AUGAGUCGAAAACGCAUCAUUGCCAUGUGGCUUUUGUACCGUCGUUUGCGAUUACGUAGAAAACAACGCGUUCGUAAGUACUGGGUGCACCCAAUUAAUGAACGAAGAAAUGUCAUGGGCACAUUUAACUCGCUAUUUGAAGAUUUACUUGCAGAUGAAAAUAAAUUUUUCAACUAUUUCCGCAUGUCUAUUUCAUCCUUUGACGAACUCCAUAACCGGCUGAAAUGUAGUAUUCAGCGGCAGAAUACUAAAAUGAGGGACUGUAUUCAACCUAAGGAAAUGUUAGCUGUGACACUGAGAUAUCUUGCAAGUGGAUGCACUUUCACAGAUCUUCACUAUACAUAUAGAAUUGGUAUUUCAACAGCAAGCAUGAUAGUAAAAGAAGUAUGCAAUGCUAUUUGGUCAGUAAUGAAAUCGAAAUUUCUACCCACACCUUCAAAAGAAAACUGGGAAACAAUCGCAUUGGAUUUUGAAAGAAAUGCUAAUUUUCCCCAUUGCAUAGGAGCAGUAGAUGGGAAGCACAUUCGGAUAAUUUGCCCAUCUGGCAGUGGGUCCAUGUAUUAUAACUACAAGCAAUAUAAUUCACUGGUAUUGAUGGCAAUAGCUGAUUCAAAUUAUCGGUUUGUAUAUGUUAAUAUUGGAAGUUAUGGGAAAGAUUGCGAUUCUGCUAUUUUUAAGCGAAGUGAGAUAUGGAAAUCUAUUACAAUGGGAACGCACCAGCUUCCAGAACCGAAAUGUCUGCCGGGUACUGAUAGUCCUAAUGUGCCUUAUUUCUUCGUUGGAGACGAAGCCUUCGCAUUACACAAACAUUUAUUACGGCCGUUUGGAGGAUCAAACCUCUCAAUAGAAAAAAAAAUAUUCAACUAUCGCUUAAGUAGAGCGAGGCGAUAUAUUGAAUGUGCAUUUGGAAUUUUAAGCAAUAAGUGGCGAAUUUUCCACCGACCAAUAAACGUGGAACCAGAUUUUGCAGUUGAUAUCGUCAAGGCUUGUGUUGUUCUGCAUAAUUUUGUGAGAGAGAGGGAUGGAAUAUUGUUUGAAGAUAGUACAACAAUUACAGGGUUGGAGGAUUUACAACCAGAAUAUUCAUCUCGUGGAGGUUUAUCAGCAAACAAUAUACGACAAACAUUAUGCGACUAUUUUGUAAACGUUGGAUCAGUCCCGUGGCAAAUGUCAAAAGUGUAA